AUGGCGGACUCCCAAGAAUCACCUAUUGUCCCUGAUCACAAUCCGGUCGAUUCUCUUGAGGAUUCCAGCGUAGCAACUCCAUCACAAACACAAACAGGAACACGCACAAAACCCAAGACAGCAACCAGCAAAGCCGAACCCAGUCCCCUCGCCGCCGCAAACGAUGACGGAAAGAAGUUCUCGCGAAUGACUUGGUCGGCAAAGAUGCAAGAUGGUCUUCUUAAGGAGUGCUACGUACAGUUUAACCUUGGAAGGACGAACAACACUCGCAAUGGCAGAUUCACGGAGGAGGCAUGGUCUUGUAUUCUCGACAAGGUUGUAGAUAUUAUUCCUGAAGGGGACGCAGUAAAGAAGGCAAUAAGUGUUGCACACUGCAGAAACAAAUAUGGAUCCUUGGUAAGCUACUGGGGCGACUUCCUUGUAUUACAAGGGACAGAGGGCAUGGUGUGGAACGAGCAAAAGGAGUUGUUUGAGGGCGACGAUGAGUUGUGGGAUACUCUUGCGAAGGUUUGUUCUCUCUCGUUGGUUGUAGAUAUUAUGCUGAUGAAUGAAGUCCAACCCACAAAUAAAAUGGCACAAGUCUAUGAAACUCGUCCACCGCGAUCUCCUGGAAGCCAUGAUUGGGAAGGAUUUUGAGCCGAGAAAAUCAGCAUACACCAGCGGACGAAUCGUCAAGAAGCGAAAGAGCACAAAAUCAGAUGAACGCCUGAUGGAGAAUGAUAACGAAUCUGUUAGAAUGGAAGCCGAGAUGCCAGCGAGAAAACGAGGUCGUGUAUCCGAGGAUGAUGUUGAUACAGCAUUAAACAAAUUUGCGAAUGUUCUGGAGGGGAUGCAAAGGGAACUAAAAGAGGUCAAAGAACAACUCAAGGCAAGAGACGAGGAAAAGGAGGCGGCGGAAAAUGUAGCUCGCGACAUUCUGCUAGGAGAUUAUCAACAGCGCUUGACCAUUGACGAACUAGUCGCUGCCUUUGAGACGGUAGUUUGCGAUAAAGUCAAGGCGAGAGCUCUUACGAUGAUACCAAGUGGAGUAUUGCGGGAUCGUUUUGUGGAAUUGGCACUUGGCAUUCAACUUCCUCAGUAG